CACAUACAGCAUUUAGUUCUCGGGCCUACUAGCACUAAUAUCUCUUGUCAACCUUCGCUGGGGCUCGAGUACUAAACAACUUCACAUCGCAGUCGUGCGGCGUCGCUUGACCGGACCGCUGGCUUUCGUCUAUAUUACCAAUCAAUUUUAUCAAACAACAACAUGUCUCAACAAGGCCCCGCUUUCGACGUGAAUGCUAUGACCCUUACAAGAUGGGUCUUAGCACAGCAGAGGAGCGCCCCAGACGCCACUGGUGACCUCACACAGCUGCUGAACUCGAUCCAAACAGCUGUGAAGGCGAUACAAUCAGCGGUCAGGAAAGCCGGCAUCGCUAAACUGCAUGGAAUAUCCGGCGAUGUGAAUGUCCAAGGCGAACAAGUCAAGAAAUUGGAUAUAUUGUCCAACGACUUGUUCGUCAACAUGCUCAAAUCAUCGUUCACCACCUGCCUUCUCGUAUCUGAAGAAAAUACUUCAGUAAUUGAGGUAGAAACAGAACGGCGAGGCAAGUACAUAGUCUGCUUCGACCCGCUCGAUGGAUCAUCCAACAUUGAUUGCCUCGUCUCCGUAGGCUCCAUCUUCGCUAUUUACAAAAAAGUAACAGGUGGCAACCCUGUUGAAGCCGACGCCUUACGACCGGGCAGAGAGCUGGUAGCCGCUGGAUAUGCCCUGUACGGCUCAGCCACCAUGCUUGUGCUCGCCAUCGGAAAGGGCAACGGAGUCAACGGCUUCUUAUACGACCCCUCGAUCGGAGAGUUCAUACUCACAGACCCUAACCUGAGGAUACCUGAGCGGGGCAACAUCUUCUCUGUGAAUGAAGGUUAUUUUGCAGAAUGGGAAAGCGGUCUCCAAAAGUACGUGCAAGAUAAGAAGGCCCCCAAGACCGGCAAGGCUUACGGCGCCCGCUACGUAGGCUCCAUGGUUGCCGACGUCCACAGAACCAUCAAGUAUGGAGGCAUCUUCUUGUACCCGGCCACCAAGUCUUCUCCCAAUGGAAAAUUGCGUCUUCUGUACGAAUGCAACCCAAUGGCCUAUAUCAUCACCGAAGCCGGUGGUUUAGCCACCAACGGUAAAAUUCCAACCCUGGACAUCCAGCCCACCUCCAUCCACCAGCGCGCGCCCUGCUUCCUCGGCUCCAGGAGAGAUGUUGAAGAAUUGCUUACAUACUUAAAAUGAAUAUUGUCUGUGAUACACUUUUCUAUUUAGUAAACACUCAUUCUUGAACGGUCAAAUAUAAUUUAUUAGAAGAA